UAAAUAUAAAGUUAUAAAUAAACAAAGGAAAUAAGCAAAUAUUAUAUUCUUAUAAUCUUUGGGAGUAAGGUAACAAUAGAGACAACUUCUGGUAUAAGGUGACUUAAAAAACUGCAACCCAGAAUGAGUGGUAAUAUUUUGAAAUACUUUUCGGUCAUACGUGGGUAUAGGAGGCCUUUUCCUGAUGUUUUAUCAUCAAGGUCUAUACAUAGAUCACUAUUGAACAGAGUAGAAAAAAAUGAUGUAGAUGAUAAACCGGUGAAAUUUACAACUAGUGCUGCUGGAAAAUUUAAAGCUAAAAUGGCCUUGAAAGAAGAUGAUAAUAGGCUUUGGUAUGAACCAAUAGUUAUUACUUUAAGUUUGAGUGUUUUUCUUCUAUACUUCCUAGUUUUGCGAGAAGAAAAUGAUAUAGAUGAGGAAAUGUUUACACCCUUGUAUAAUAGAAUUGCAGGUUUAGAGCAGGUUCAAUUGAAAUCUGUUAUUGAUCAUAGCACAAAUAAAGAAGAAAUUGCUGAGGCUCAAAAAAGACUUGAAGAAAUUAAGGACGAAAAAUAAAUUGAAAUAUAUUCUUGCUAAAAAUUACCUGAGAUUUGAAUAAAUGUAAUAUAG